UAAAUACACAGACCUGUAUUCAUCAAAUGUUGAGCAGGAGGACGAAGAGCCGGUUGCUGUCAAUGUGAAGAAUUUCCAACACACAGCAAUGGAGGAGACGGACAUUGCAUUACCUGACAUCGUAGCAAACCUGUCUCUUCCUAUUGAUCAUAAAAAAGUCAGCCGGUUUAACAUCUCAAGGGCUAAUGUUUGGGAUGGGGCAGUCAGAGGUUUCAAGCGUACAACAUAUUCUGAAACCUGGAACAUGCUGGUGAAAUGUACUGAUGAUACUGGUGUUCUGGAAGAGGGAAUUGACACUGGUGGUCCAAGACGAGAGUUUUUAACUCUACUGAUGAAACACCUAAAAGACCGGCCCAUUUUUGAUGGACCAGAAGGACAUCGGUUCUUGGUCUACAAUGCAAAGGCUGUUAGGGAGGAUGAAUACUACUUGGCAGGAAAGAUGAUUGCUGUGUCAGUUGUGCAUGGAGGUCCAGGACCCCAUUUCCUGUCAGAAGAUCUUGUACAUUAUCUUGCAGGCCAGCCUUCAUUCAAAGCAACAAAUAAUUUAAUAACUGAUGAAGAAAUAGGGAAAGCUUUGCAAGAGAUUGAGAAUGCUGCUUCAUUGGAUGCUCUGCAAGAAUGUAUGAUGAGACACAGCACAAUGUUACAGACAGUAGGUUGUCUGAGACAUGUGGCUACUGUGGAAGAAAAUAAAGAAAUCGUGUCAGACUACCUCCAAUGGUAUAUCAUUGACCGCAACUCAUCUGUAAUUGACAGAUUCAGAGAUGGUCUUUCAACCCUGGAGUUUUUGACUGCACUACAGCAACACCCUACUUUGCUGGUCCCUGUCAUGUGCCACUCUGAAAGGCGACUCACUGCUUUUGAACUUGAGACUCUUCAAACCUGA